AUGGAUUAUACACCCGAGCCCAACGUGACAACGGCUGACUACUACUACCCUGAUAUCCUCUCAAGCCCCUGCAACGGGGAAGUUAUCCAGAGAGAGAGCAAGUUGCUGCUGGCCAUCUUCUACUGCCUCCUGUUUGUACUCGGUCUUCUGGGGAACAGCCUGGUCAUCCUGGUCCUUGUCCUCUGCAAGAAGCUGCGGAGCAUCACAGACAUAUACCUUUUGAACCUGGCCCUGUCUGAUCUGCUUUUUGUCUUUUCCUUCCCCUUUCAAACUCACUAUCAGCUCCACCAGUGGGUGUUUGGCACUGUGAUGUGCAAGGUGGUCUCUGGCUUUUAUUACAUUGGCUUCUUCAGCAGCAUGUUCUUUAUCACCCUCAUGAGCGUGGACAGGUACCUGGCAAUCGUCCACGCCGUGUACGCCAUGAACGUGAGGACAGCCAGGGUGGGCGCCGCCCUGAGCCUGACAGUGUGGCUGGUGGCGAUCAUGGCCACCAGCCCACUGCUAGUGUUUUACCAAGUGGCCUCUGAGGACGGCAUCCUCCAGUGUUAUUCGUCUUACAAUCACCAGACCUUAAAGUGGAAGCUCUUCACCCACUUUGAGAUGAACAUCUUAGGCCUGUUGGUCCCAUUCACCAUCCUCAUGUUCUGCUACGUCAGCAUCCUGCACCAGCUGCAGAACUGCCAGAACCAGCACAAGGGCAAGGCCAUCAAGUUGGUGCUCAUUGUGGUCGUCGCAUCUUUGCUCUUCUGGGUCCCGUUCAACGUGGUCCUCUUCCUCACAUCCCUGCACAACCUGCACGUCUUGGACGGAUGUGUCAUAAGCCAGCAGCUGACUUACGCCACCCAUGUCACAGAAAUCAUUUCCUUCACUCACUGCUGUGUGAACCCUGUUAUCUAUGCUUUCAUGGGUGAGAAGUUCAAGAGACACCUCUCAGAAAUAUUUCAGCAAAGUUGCAGCUACAUCUCCCUCUUCUUGGGGAGGUCAGUCCCCAAGGAAGCCAGGGAGAAGCCAUUCUCCUAUCAGCACUCCUUCCGUACGUCCACCACCGACUACAUUCUGUGA